GAUGGAGCCAGGGUAGUUCCAGACGGGUAGACUUCAGCGUCUGGACGUUGGAGUCCAAAUUUCAGCAAGCAGUUGGGUGCUGGACCCGCGUGGGGAUGGCCCAUCGGAAUGUGGCUGCCAAGGCGGGCCUCUCUGCGGGACUCCGGGCACUGGCGGUGGGGGUGAUGGGCACAGUGCUAGCUCUAGUGGCUGUGCUGCUGCUCCGGACCGCCACUUUCCCGCGUCUGGACGAGCUGCACGGCUGGGGGCGCCCAGGAGCGUUCAGGAUCCCUGCCCAGUUCAGCGAAGCAGAACUAAAGGCAGUGAAAGAGGCGUUGAAAGAAGCAAUUCGGAUACCCACAGUGGCUUUCAGCUCUGAGAACAUCAACACCACAGCCCUGACUGAGUUUGGGGAACACCUUCGGAAAGUCUUCCCUUCCAUGUUCUCCACUAGCUUCAUCCAGCAUGAGAUUGUGGAAAAAUACAGCCACCUGUUCACCAUCCAUGGAUCAAAUCCCAAGUUGGAGCCCUACAUGCUGCUUGCUCACAUUGACGUUGUCCCUGCUCCUGACGAUGGCUGGGAGGUGCCACCCUUCUCUGGGCUAGAGCGCGAUGGCUUCAUCUAUGGCCGGGGCACACUGGACAACAAAAACUCUGCUAUGGCAAUCCUGCAGGCCAUGGAACUGCUGUUGAGAAGAAACUAUGUCCCUCAAAGGUCUUUCUACAUUUCCCUAGGACAUGAUGAGGAGGUAUCUGGGAAAUAUGGAGCACAGAAGAUUGCAGCCCUACUGGAGUCACGUGGUGUCCGGCUGUCCUUCAUCAUAGAUGAGGGAAGCUAUAUCAUGGAUGGCUUUUUGGCUGGCUUCAAGAAACCGUUUGCAGUGAUUGCAGUGUCAGAGAAAGGUGGCAUGAACCUCAAGCUACAGGUAGAUUCUGCUCCAGGCCACUCCUCGGCCCCACCGAAGGAGACGAGCAUUGGCAUCCUCGCAGCAGCCGUCAGCCGGCUGGAGCAAACCCCAAUGCCUAAUAUGUUUGGAUACGGGACUGAGAAGAACAUGCUAGAGCAGCUUGCAGGACAGUUUGGCUUCCCAAUGAAUAUCGUCUUGACCAACCUGUGGAUAUUUGGACCUAUUGUGAGCAGAAUACUUGAGAAAAGUCCUGUCAUUAAUGCAAUGAUCCGAACCACUGUGGCUCUCACCAUGUUCAACGCAGGGAUCAAGGUGAAUGUCAUCCCCUCAACCUCCCAGGCAAUGAUCAAUUUUCGAAUCCAUCCUGGCCAGACCAUCCCUGAGGUGCUAGAGAUUGUCCAGAAUAUUGUGGCUGAUGACCGAGUCCAGUAUCAAGUGCUCAAUGCCUUUAACCCUCUCCCGUUGAGCCCCUAUGACCAUGAAGCCUUUGGCUACCAGCUUCUCAGAAGGACCAUCAGAGAUGUCUUCCCAGAGGUCUCCGUAGUUGUCCCAGGAAUUUGUAUUGGCAACACUGAUGUCCGCCUCUACAGUAACAUCUCCACAGGCCUCUAUCGAUUUAACCCUGUACCUAUGAACCCAGAGAGCUUCAAGAGUUUUCAUGGCUUAAACGAGAGGAUCUCCAUCAAAGCCUAUGAGAACCAGGUGAUGUUUCUGUUUGAACUGAUCCAGAAUGCAGAUACCGAGAAGGUUCCCGAACCUCAUGUACAUGAGCUGUGAAAGGAUGGUGAUUAUCUCCAACUAUCUGCCCUGGGAGAUACUAAGCCCUCCUCUAAAGUGGACAGCCUCUGGAAGAAGAAAUGCACAUGAUUUUAUAGACUUUUGGAGUAAUCCAUGAAGCAGCACCCUGCCUGCCUUCCUGCCUCAACCGCAGACUUGUCCAUAAGCAGGGGUUCAGUGAUGGGAUGGGGGGCGGGGGAAGGAUGAAUAUAAGCAGCUUUAGCUUAAUCCCCAAGAUCUCUUUACUCACCCCCUACCAUCACGAAGCAUGCCUCUCCCAGGUCCCAUUGCUGACUUUCAGGCCUGGGAUAUCAGGCUCAUAGUCAAUUUUUUUUUUCCUAGUGAAGACUUUCAUUUGUAGGCAUUAUUACUUAACUCUCCAUACACAACUACUUCUAUUACAUCCUUUCUUCUAUUGCUCUGACCCUAGGAUCCCUAGUUUCUGGCCAUCUCAUGUACUUUCCUCCCUCUCUUGUUUCCCUCUCUCCCUCCCUUGUUUCCCUCUCUCCCUCCCUUUCCCUCUUCCUCUCCCCCUUGUGCUGGGAGGAACCCAAAUAUGAAACAGGACAAACUAAAGUGAGAUGAAAUAAAGUGAUCAGUACCCAGCAGCUCAGUCCCUGCUGAUGAGGGCUCUGCCUCUGGUCACUUACUGGAGAAACAAAAGCCUGGCUCUGGCCGGAGGACACCCAAAGUGGGGAGGGUCAGUAGGAACAGAGAGCAGCCCAGAACCUGAGUGAGGCCUAAUUCUUGGAGUAGGGAGGGAGAAGGGCCUCCUGUCCUUGGGCUGCCCUCCCUCCCUCCCACUUGGCCUGGAGUUUUGCUCCCUCCUGCAGGCCUGUUCCUUCCACCGCUGCCCUGCUCUCUGCACCCCUGCCAGUGCUAAUCUGUGGAAACAUUCCCCUGGCACAGCCUCACCUUCCUCCCCCCCCCGCUGCCCCGCCCACUUUGUACUCUCAGAGGGGAGGGUCCAAGUUCCCUUAUGGCCCCAGCCUCUCUGCCAAGCUGCUAGCCAGCAAGGCCCCAGCCCUGGCCCAGCCCCAUGGCCUGAUUGAGUCUGAUCAAAGGCAGGGGGAGGGGUACUCUGGGGUCAAGACAGAAGAAGAAAUGGGGUUUAGACUAUUCUGAUUUAGAUGAGGAGACUUGGAUGUUGGCACCCGUUAGGAGAAGGGAGGACGCUCCUAACUUUACUCUCCUAAGUAAAUUUGAAUCCGUUUCCAUGACAACCAGGUGGGCGGUCUGCAAGUACUGGUGCUAUUUGUCCUGAUUUGGGAGCUGCUCUUUGUAGAUCACUGGGUCGUUAGGGUAAAGGAGGGAAGUGUAGAGGGGGCUGGGCUAAGGGAAGCUCUCUCUAUGUGAGCCAAGCACAGACCUUUCCUGGGGUCAGUGAAUAGGAUUGCCAAAAACUCCUCAGAGCUUCACUGGAGCAAGAGAUAAUGUCAAUAUAUCAACUCUCUACUCUUGUCUGUCCCCUGUAUCCAAUCCACCUAUGAAAUGAGAAAAUUGACUAGAUCAGGGGUUCUUAAGCUUUUUUUGUGUCGUGGAAUCUUGGCAGGCUGGUAAAGCCCAUGGACCCCUUCUCAGAGUAAUAUUUUCAAAUAACCAUAACUGAAGUGUAUUUAAUUUCAAUUCAUGAAAAUAAAGAUGUCAUUUUUUUUUCA